AUGAUGAUGAAAGCAGAAGCAGUAACAGUGGCAGUAGCAGCAGUAAUAGCAGCAGCUGUAGCUGUAGCCGUAACAGCAGUAGUCACAUGUAGAAAUAGCGAUGACGGCAACGGCAACGGCUACGGCGACGGCACAGCAAUAGCUACAGCGACGGGACUUUUACGUACUGCAGAACAGUUAAAAAUUAAAGGACUUUGCGAGACAGCAGAAAAUACUGACGAUUUGAACGACGCAGCUACAGCUACUAUCACAGUAUCUGAAAAUAUACAGCAAGCAGUUGUUGGAAAUAUUGUAAAUGCGGUAGCGCCUGGACAACCGUCCCCAAACACUCAACAACAACAACAUCAACAGCAGAUUGCAGCAAAUGCUGCUGUGUUAUCACACGGAAUCGGUAACGUUAACGCUGCAAAUGCACAGCAAUUAGCUGCAGCAGCUGCUAGCGGACAGUUAAUAGCAUCCAAUACACAGCAGUUGGUACGAAAGUCCCGUGUACGAAAGCGCUCUAAGUCGCCUGACUUACAACAACAUCAACAUCCUCAAACUAUAUUAAUACAAAAUCAAAAUCAAACUGCUAUCGUAAGUCUACAACAAUCUGGUAAUUUUAUACCAGUUUCUGGGGUUCAAACAGUAUCCACAAGCGUUGGAGGACAGACACAAACAGUUAUUACUGGUGACGAUUCGGAUUCGGACAAACCAUUACAAAAAAUUUGUAAAACCGAAACUUCACAUACUUCACCUACAUCAAAUUCAUCUAGUUCGGCAUCCAAUAAUGCUGGUGGUGUAACCACAGUAACAGCACCUGGCACUGCGAUCGUCACACAAAUUGUAGUAGCACGAGACGGAAAAGAUAAAACAAUGACUAGUUUAGGCAUGGGCAUGAACGGUGGUAUCCUUGGCGUUCCAAUGGGAUUCCUGGAUUUCGCACCGGAACCGCCAGCCCCAUCUGCAACACCAGUUACUGUUACUGAACACGUCGACUUAUCAUGUAACCCCAGCACAGACACCAGAGAUUUAUCAAAUCCCACCGAACCACUUGACAUUGACAAUCAUCUAGCUCAACAUAUGAUACAAAGGCUCGAUCAAUCACCGAUGCAUACUAUUCAUCAUCAAACUGGCGAUGAGAGCAAUUCAAAUUUAGUGCAACACAUUAAAAGUGAAGUUAUAGAAGCCAAACAACAGCAUCAACAGCAUCAUCAAUCCCAACAUCAGCUGCAUGCCCAGCAACUGGUUCAAAGUCAUCAACAUCAACAGCAAGCCCAACAGCAACACCAACAACAUCAACAGCACCAACAAACUCAUCAGGAAAUAACUGGAGCGACUGUUAUGGAAAUUGAUCCGAGCCAGAUAAAACAUGAACCGGGCAUGAUAAUAACACCUGAGAUUGUAACUAUGAUGAAUACUGGGCAUAUGGAUAUGUAUAAUUCAGAUACAAGUGAGGAUUCUAUGAUGAUUGCAAACGGUUCACCAAAUGAUCAGAAUGAGCCACAUUACACCAAUUUGGACCAACAACAUGGCGAUAACAAAGGUCAGUUUAAUGGUCCCAAAACUUGGACACAAGAAGAUAUGAAUUCUGCUUUAGAUGCCCUUAAAAACCAAAAUAUGAGCCUGACGAAGGCUUCGGUUACAUAUGGCAUUCCGUCUACAACACUUUGGCAACGUGCCCAUCGAAUGGGCAUUGAAACGCCAAAAAAAGAAGGCGGAACCAAAUCAUGGAAUGAAGAUUCUCUUAAUAACGCACUGGAAGCAUUACGCUCUGGUCAAAUAUCAGCUAAUAAAGCAUCAAAAGCCUUUGGCAUACCUUCAUCGACACUGUAUAAGAUUGCACGUCGUGAAGGUAUACGUUUAGCUGCACCAUUUAAUGCUGCGCCAACUACAUGGACGCCUGAAGAUUUGGAAAGAGCAUUAGAGGCAAUAAGAGCUGGUCAUACAUCUGUCCAGAAAGCUAGUGCUGAAUUUGGUAUACCUACAGGAACUUUGUAUGGUCGUUGCAAACGUGAGGGUAUAGAAUUAUCCAGAUCAAAUCCAACGCCAUGGUCGGAGGAUGCAAUGAACGAAGCUUUAAAUUCAGUACGGGUUGGUCAAAUGUCUAUAAAUCAGGCAGCAAUACAUUAUAAUCUGCCCUAUAGUUCUUUGUAUGGCCGAUUCAAGCGCGGUAAAUACGAUGUUUCAAACACUAGUGGGUCCUCAUUAAAUAAUACAUCUGGAAAUACAUCAGGAAGCAUUGAAAUCAUCGAGCAUAGUCAAGAGAAUUCGCAACAAUUCCAGUACAGUCCAUCUCCCCAUCAGCACAGCACACCACAACAGCCACAAACACCUCAGCAUCUGCAACAUGUUGUACACAUCACCCAACAGCAACAUCAUCAGCAACAUGGCCAACAUAUCCAGCAACAAGAUGUUGUGACAUCGAGUAGCCAAGUGCCGCACUCAAGCGCUGGUGCUGUACAACAGCAACAAAUUCAGCAAAUUUAUCACCACCAUAGCACCCCCGAAAGAAGUUGAGAAUCAAUACAAUCUUCAUCUAGCCACAACUCAGAGAACAGUAACAGCAAUAACAUCAGCCUAGCAAGUAAAAGAAAGAAAAUAACAAAGAAUAAACGUUGAGUUGAAAUAAUAAACUAAAAAUAGAAUUAAAAAUAACCUUUGAUUAUUAAGAAUUAAAAAAAACAUUAAUAAUAAUAAUAAAGAUGGACUAGACUGGGUAUCGGUAAAGAAAACUGAAAUAACAAGAUAAUAUACUAUAUAAAAUAAUUGAAUUGGGUGGGAAUCGAAAUAGAAAAGAAAGCUAUAAAACUAAAUAUUGGCAACAAAAAACAUUAAAAAAAAUAUGAAAAGAAAAUUUUUUUUAAAUAUAUAAACUAAUAGUGUAUAUUAGAGCUAAGAUAAAUAAUUCGCAAAUAUGUUCAUUUUCAUAUAUAUUUUUAUUUUUUAUUUUUAACUUUUUUUUUUUUGUAUUAAAAAUACAAAUUUAAUUAGUUUCAAUUAAUAUCUUUGAAACUAAACAUACUUUUUUCAUAUUGACUUAUAUAUUAGAAGGUUUGACAGUCCUUUUUAAAUAUUUUUAAAUAUGUUUAUACUUAUAUAAGAUACGUCAAUAAAUUAUUUACUGUUUUCUCGUUGAUACUUUCACUUGUUGAUCUAAGUUUUUUAAAUUGUUUUAAGCUUUACUUUUCCAAAUGGGGUAUAUAGAAAAAU